AUGGAGUCCACCCAGAACAAGCCGCAUGUGGUAGUCUUAGCAAGCCCAGGGAUGGGCCACGUCACCCCACUCCUCGAGCUAGCCAAACGACUUGUCGUUGACCACGGCUUCCAUGUCACCUUCCUUUCCAUCACCACCGACGCACCACCCGCCCAGCUCCAGCUCCUUAGCAACCCCUCUAUCCCUUCCGACCUCCAUGUCGUCAGCCUCCCCAACGUCGACGUGUCCCAACAAGCCAACAAUGUCUCAGUUCGCAUCGUUCUCAUGAUCCAAGAAACCCUAAAGUCUCUGACAUUUGUCCUGAAAAACUUACAAUCUCCCAUCAAAAUUUUCGUCUUCGAUCCUUUCUGCACUAUAGCACAUGAUGUCGCUGCCGACCUCUCCAUCCUCACAUACCUUUUCCUGACGUCUUCGGCUUCGUUUCUGGCGUUGGCCAUGUUCUUCCCCACGAUCAACGCCGUGGUCAACGGCGAUCAUUCAAAAAUAGCCAAGGAGAUUCUUGUCCCCGACUGCAAGCCCCUGUUUCUUGACGAUCUUAUCCCUGGAGUUUUAAUGCCUGAAUUAUUACUUAUGUCCAACAUAUUGCCGAUCGUGAAUGGCGUUUUGGUAAAUACGUGGGAAGAACUCGAGCCGGUGACGCUUCAUUCCAUUAGAGAAAGCCCUUUCUUUCUUGGUCUGCCAACGCCCCCGGUUUAUCCCAUUGGGCCGUUGACCAAAGAAAGCGAACUGGUAACAUCAACAUUGGAAUCUUUGAAGUUGAUGAAGUGGCUGGACCAGCAGCCGGCCUGUUCAGUUGUGUACGUGACCUUCGGUAGCGAAUGGACUUUGUCGGGGAAACAGAUGAGUGAACUGGCGUUGGGAUUGGAGCUAAGCCAAAAACGAUUCGUUUGGGUGGCGCGGCCUCCGAAUGAGGCGAGCGUGUCGGGGAACUUUUUUAAGGCCAGUUUCAACGAGGACGAUCCGGCGUCGUAUUUGCCGAAAGGGUUUUUGGAUAGGACGCGAGGGAGAGGGUUGGUGACGUCCUCGUGGGCCCCGCAAGUGGCGGUUCUGAGUCAUCAGUUUGUGGCUGGAUUUGUGACCACUGCGGGUGGAAUUCGGUGUUGGAGAGCGUAUUGCAUGGGGUGGUGA